UAAAAUGCUCCAUUCAAUUGCAUUUUUUUCUUCAAUACAAUAGAUAAGCAAAUGUACAUAGUAGGAUAAUGAUCAAUUUUGAUAGCACAGCACCUCUGCAAUCGGAAUAACAAGCAGUCAAUAAAAAAGGAAUCACACAUAUAAAAAACAGUAGGAUAAAGGAAAUACUUUUUCUGUGUAAUAGGUUGUCUUGUUUAUGUCCUUCAGACUUCUGCACGGUCUAAUCCUUAAGUGUGUCUAAACCUGAGAAUUAGUAUUGAACUGUUGUUGUUUUGCUUCAUCCUGGACUGUUAAAGGCUGCUUUGGUUUUACUGCUCCUCUCUGAGCUCCACUUUAAUCACAUAAGUGUUUCCUGACAGCCCAAACCCUGAUGCGUUAACUGCGCCUCGUGGACCAAUCCUGAGCAAAAUAACAUCCAAAACGCUUCCUCCAAUACAAUACUGAGAAAUUACUCAGCAGUAGUAGGUUUCCCCCCUCUUAAGCCAUUACAUCGCUGCCUCUCUUCCUCCUCCUCCUCCUCUGUCACUCCCCUCUCCUCUGUCACUCCCCCCCCCAUCCCUCUCUCUGUCUCUCUGCUUGAACACAGGCGCUCUCUCUUUCCUACCUCGCAGACGUUUGGGUGCCACCGCCGCUGCAUCCUAUCUCUGACUCUGUUUGUCUCUUUCUCCUGACUCUUUUUACUCCACAGAGACAAAAAAAAAUACAAAUUUAAAAAAAGAAAAAGGAGAGAUAGAGAGAGGAAAAAGUGGCCGCCACGGGGCGAACCACAACAAUGACCCGGUCCUGACUAAAAUUGAAUGGAUUAGCCAAUCUAUUCUGAGCUCUAAUGAGAUUAGAGACAUGGGUCGCGGCGGCGUGGUACCUUUCGUUGAGCUCCUCGGGGAACAUUUUCCCCGUCAACAGUCCUCCAGACGUGGAAAUGGCGUUUUUGAUCCAGAAGAUGCCGCGGGUGCCAGGGGACAAUAACAGACCUUUGAAUGCACGCUCACCUGUGCCGCUUCUGUGGCGCGCGGAUUCCUAGAAGUAGAAGUAGUAGAGGAAGUAGUAGUAGUGAUAGUGGUAGUAGUAAAGGACAAAAUGAAGUACCAGAAAUAUAUCACGGUGAUGCAGAUGGCCAUGGGAGUGACAGCCUCCAACAAAGACUGCCUCCCCGCUAAGAGACAGCUGUGGGUGACCCCGCCAGAUGGAGAAACAUCCCCCUCAGGUGCUCCCGGGUGUUCAGAUGGGCUUACAGGUGCUAUCGGUGGUGCCGGUGCUAUGGCAAUGCCUGCCACCUCCACCCUCUCGUUGCCCAUGAGCCAGGGUAAACCUUCCCUGCGUCGCAUCAAAGGCCGCAUUCACCGCAGCAAGAGCCUGGACAGUAUGGAUCUGCUCGACUCCAAUAGUGCAGCGAUGGAGGAAACGGUCAUAUGGGAACAGCACACAGUGACCCUUCACAGGGCCCCAGGUUUUGGGUUUGGUAUUGCCAUCUCAGGUGGGCGAGACAACCCUCAUUUCCAAAGUGGGGAGACGUCCAUUGUGAUAUCUGAUGUGCUGAAAGGAGGGCCUGCAGAGGGACUGCUACAAGAAAAUGAUCGAGUGGUGAUGGUUAAUGCAGUCUCUAUGGACAAUGUAGAGCAUGCAUACGCUGUGCAGCAGCUCAGAAAGAGUGGCAAAAAUGCAAAGAUAACUAUUCGUCGGAAAAGGAAAGUGCAGAUCCCUGUUUCCCGGCCAGGGGACAGGGAGACGAUGUCGGAGCAUGAGGAAGAGGACAGUGAUGAGGAGGAUGGAUAUGACCACCAUAGUGGUCGUGGUGGCCAAAGUGCCUAUGGAGGAGCAAGCGGAGGCACUGGCAGGCGUCCUGAUCGUGAGCGUAGCAACAGCGGCAGGCGGGAUAAUAGUGCCUCGCGGGAAAGGAGCAUCUCACCGCGCUCUGAUCGCCGAUCACAAGCCUCCUCUGCGCCACCCAGGCCUUCCAAGGUCACCCUUGUAAAGUCCCGCAAAAAUGAAGUAGAGUAUGGACUGAGGUUGGCCAGCCACAUCUUUGUGAAGGACAUCUCUCCUGAGAGCCUUGCAGCCUGGGAUGGAAACAUCCAGGAGGGAGAUGUCGUCCUUAAGAUCAAUGGCACUGUUACAGAGAACCUAUCGCUAAUAGAUGCCAAGAAGCUGAUUGAGAGGUCAAAGGGCAAGUUGAAGAUGGUUGUGCAGAGAGAUGAGCGAGCCACACUGCUCAACAUUCCCGACCUUGAUGACAGCAUCCCGUCAGCCAAUAACUCCGAUAGAGAUGACAUUUCAGAAAUACAUUCACUGACAUCAGACCAUUCCAAUCGAUCCCACGGGCGAGGUAGUCGAUCACGUUCACCUGACAGGCCCGAGCCAUCGGACCUUCUCCGUCACUCACCUCGGCAGAUCAGCAAUGGCAGCCAUCGAAGUCGAGAUGAAGAACGCGUAUCCAAACCAGGGGCCAUGUCCACUCCGGUCAAAAGCUCUGACGAUGGUGUCUUGUCACAGGCCAGCGACCAGGCCAGCUCCAGAGAUGACAAACAGUUACCUCCGCUGCCUGAACCAAAGCCAGUUUAUGCACAGCCUGGUCAGCCUGAUGUGGACCUUCCUGUCAGCCCCUCUGAUGCCCCAGUACCCAGCGCUGCUCAUGACGACAGCAUCCUCAGGCCGAGUAUGAAGCUGGUCAAGUUCAAGAAGGGAGAGAGUGUCGGUCUGCGGCUAGCAGGAGGGAACGACGUGGGAAUUUUUGUGGCAGGUGUUUUGGAGGACAGUCCUGCUGCCAAGGAGGGGCUGGAGGAGGGAGACCAGAUUCUCAGGGUGAACAAUGUGGACUUUGCAAACAUCAUCCGGGAGGAGGCUGUGUUGUUUCUGCUGGAUCUCCCAAGAGGGGAAGAAGUUACUAUUUUGGCCCAGAAGAAGAAGGAUGUGUACCGGAGGAUAGUGGAAUCGGACGUGGGUGACUCCUUCUACAUUCGCACACAUUUUGAAUAUGAGAAAGAGUCACCGUACGGGCUGAGCUUUAACAAGGGUGAGGUGUUUCGUGUUGUAGACACGCUCUACAACGGCAAGCUAGGCUCCUGGCUCGCUAUCCGUAUUGGCAAGAACCAUCAGGAAGUGGAAAGGGGCAUCAUUCCCAACAAGAACAGAGCUGAGCAGCUAUCCAGUGUGCAGUACACCCUUCCCAAAACACCAGGAGGCGACAGAGCAGACUUUUGGAGAUUCCGAGGAUUGCGAAGCUCCAAGAGGAAUUUGCGGAAAAGCAGGGAGGACCUGUCGGCCCAGCCAGUCCAGACCAAGUUCCCUGCCUAUGAGAGGGUGGUGCUGAGGGAAGCUGGAUUCCUGAGGCCUGUGGUUCUCUUUGGGCCAAUAGCAGAUGUGGCCAGAGAGAAACUGGCCAGGGAGGAGCCAGACAUUUUUGAACUAGCAAAAACACAGCAACAACAAGGAGGGGAAAAGAGUGAACCCAGGGAUGCAGGAACCGACCAGAAAAGCUCCGGCAUCAUUCGCCUGCACACCAUCAAACAGAUCAUUGACCGGGACAAGCAUGCAGUGCUGGACAUCACGCCGAAUGCAGUGGACCGUCUGAACUACGCCCAGUGGUAUCCAAUCGUGGUGUUUCUCAACCCAGACACAAAGCAGGGUGUCAAGAACAUGAGGACCCGCCUCUGCCCCGAGUCCAGGAAGAGUGCCAGGAAGCUCUAUGAGCGAGCCCUUAAAUUAAGGAAGAACAACCACCACCUCUUCACCACGACCAUUAACUUGAACAACAUGAAUGAUGGUUGGUUUGGAGCGCUGAAAGAGAUAAUACAGCAGCAGCAGAACCAGCUGGUGUGGGUUUCAGAGGGCAAAGCUGAUGGCGCAGCUGAGGAUGACUUGGACAUCCACGAUGACCGCCUGUCCUACCUAUCGGCGCCAGGCAGUGAGUAUUCCAUGUACAGCACUGACAGCCGCCACACCUCCGACUACGAGGACACGGACACAGAGGGUGGAGCCUACACCGACCAGGAGCUGGACGAAACGCUGAAUGACGACGUGGGUCCACCCACGGAGCCUGCCAUCACCCGCUCCUCUGAGCCUGUCCGUGAGGACCCACCUGUCAUCCAGGAGCCCCCUGGCUACGCUAGCUACACUCACACAGUGCAGCCGGACCCCCUGAACCGCAUCGACCCGGCUGGAUUCAAGGCACCAGUGCCGCAGCAGAAAGCAGAGGCCGCUGCCGUCCCUAGCAUCCCCCAGCAGCCUGAGCCCCUGGCUGAGACAGUGCCCCCUGCUGUCGACGUUACUGUAAAAACUGUAGGGGGUCUGAGCCCUGACGAGGCUCCUGCAGCUCCUCACAGCCAGCCAAGCCCCAUCCCGGAGGCUGGCUCACUUAGGAGGCCCACCCCUGAGCUAACCCCCCAGAGCGUCACACCAGAACCUCUACAGUCUGGACUGGCCAGUUCAGAACCAAAGAUGUUUCAGAAGGAUCCAUACAGCACAGACAACACGGGGAGAAUCGGUCACAGUAUGAAGCCUGUGGCUUACAACCCUCAGCAGGGAUAUCACCCUGACCAGCAGCCAUACAGAGAUUACGACCACCCACCCAGUCGGUAUGAUGUAAGCAGCAGUGGAGUCAGCAGCGGAGGUGGUUACCCAGAACCAAAGUACCGAAACUAUGACUCUAACCCGCCCUAUGAGAACAGCGUGCCUCACUACGACCAGCAACAGUGGAACCCCUACAGCCAACCACUCUCUACUGCCAACUCCCAGGGAUACGAUCCCCGUUUGCCAUACGGUGACGGCCCUGACUCCCAGUACACCCCUCCUCUCCGCUACGACGAGCCCCCACCUCAGCAGGGAUUCGACGGACGGCCUCGCUAUGGUAAGCCGACCGCUCCGGCUCCUGUCCGUUAUGAUGACCCUCCACCUCCUGCUCCAGGGCCUGACAUGCACUACGACCAGGAUCCUCACCUGAGCACGUACCCCCCAGCGGCCCACUCCCCAGACCCUGCUGCCCAGCGGUCUGCCUAUAACCAGGGACCAACACCGCAACAAAAGAGCUACAAACCUCAGCAGUAUGACCCUGCUCAUGUGAACUCUGAAACCAGCCCCACACCUCCUCCCAAAGCAGAGGCGCCCUCACCUGCCCCUGCAGAUGCUCCAAAGCCUUUCCCUGCCAGAGAGGAGCAACAGGAGGACCCAGCCAUGCGGCCACAGUCAGUCCUGACAAGGGUCAAGAUGUUUGAGAACAAACGCUCUGUAUCCGUGGAUAGAGCCAGAGAUGCAGGGGAUUCAUCUGGGAGCAAGGCAGCUGAUUUACCUUUGAAAGCAGGUGGAGUCAUCCCUAAAGCAAAUUCUCUGAGCAACUUGGAUCAAGAGAAGACGUUUAGAGCCCCAGGUCCUCAGCAGCCUCAGUCCAAGGCAGCUGAUGACAUCGUGCGCUCCAACCAUUACGACCCCGAUGAGGACGAGGACUACUACAGGAAGCAGCUUUCUUACUUUGACAGGCUCCAGGCCGGUCCCAACAAACCCCAGCCACAAGCACAAACAACUAACAACUACCCCAGGACGGAGUCAGUGGAGAAACCAAGUCCAGUGGAGAAAAAAUAUGAACCAGUUCCCCAGGUGACGCCAUCUCUGCCACCAGCCACGCUCCCCAAACCCGCAACUGAAGCCAAGCCUCCCGGCCGAGACGACACUGUCCAGACCAACUUCCUGCCUCACAAGAGUUUCCCUGAGAAGUCCCCAGUUAACGGCACAAGUGAACAUCCUCCAAAAACAGCUCCACCAGCAACCAGCUACAACCGCUACACGCCCAAGCCCUACACAACAUCUGCCAAGCCUUUUGCUCGCAUGUUCGACAGUCCUAAAUUCAACCACAACCUUCUGCCCAACGACAAGCCGGAUACUGCUCCAAAGGGCCGGAGCUCCAGCCCAGUGAAGCCUCAGAUUCCCCCGCAGCCCCAGAACACAGACCACGACAGUGGCCUGGACACUUUCACACGCACUAUGGACCACCGCUCCAAACACCAGCACAACAACAUCAACGCUGUGCCCAAGGCCAUCCCUGUGAGCCCCAGUGCCCUGGAUGAUGAUGAGGAUGAAGAUGAGGGCCACACAGUGGUUGCAACAGCUCGAGGUAUCUUCAACAGCAACGGCGGCGUCCUGAGCUCCAUCGAGACAGGUGUCAGCAUAAUUAUCCCGCAGGGUGCCAUCCCUGAAGGUGUGGAGCAGGAGAUCUACUUCAAGGUCUGCAGAGACAACAGCAUCCUGCCGCCACUCGACAAGGAGAAAGGAGAGACUCUGCUCAGCCCUCUGGUGAUGUGUGGACCUCACGGCCUCAAGUUUUUGAAGCCUGUGGAGCUGCGCUUACCUCACUGUGCGUCUAUGACCCCUGAUGGUUGGUCUUUUGCUCUAAAAUCCUCCGACUCCUCGUCGGGUGACCCAAAAAGCUGGCAGAACAAGUCUCUCCCCGGGGACCCCAACUACCUGGUGGGAGCCAACUGUGUGUCUGUGCUCAUUGACCACUUUUAAGGACGGACCCGCAGGUGUGAUGUUACUGAAUGUGGAACCGUGGGGGAUCAAAUGAAGAAGAUGGACACACAAACACAUACACACACACUGACAGAUGCACUCCAGAGAGAGAGAGACACACACACACACACACACACACACACACACACACACACGACAUAAUGGAGUAUGAAGGAUAUCCAGUCAGUGCUGUUUACUGCACCCAUGGAUGAAGGCGAGACACUGAUGAUCGUUACAAGCUCUUCUUUAAACUUUUCUCCCCGAUUUGAAGUUGUGAUGUGAAAUGAAACCAUGGAUGCAUGCCCCAUGCCACUGAGGAUCGAUCCUUUAUAUAAGGCAAUGUUUAAUGUAAUUAUUGACAUGAGUAUAGAUGGAUGGAUGGCUUCUGAGGCAGCGUACAUGCUUCAGAAAUCUGUGUUGGUAUAUUUAUGCUAUAUAUGCAGACAGUAUAUAUAGUAGCAUAGAGAAAAUCUACUAAAAUUCUACUCGUGAAUUAAAUUACAAGUCAACAAAUAGUUAUUUUUCAGUUCAGAUGACUGAAUACAAACAUGUAUCUCCACAUUUUCUCCACACUGAGGGGAUUUUAAUGAAGGUUUGAGACAGACAGAGGCAAGAGUGAGCCAGUGAAGGUGAUCUGUUGAAGGAGUCGGCGAAACACGAGCUGGAUCUGAACCCAAGCAGCACACACUUUUCAGAGACGUUCUUCCUUCCUUUAUUCUUCCUUUUUUUCCCUACAGCGAUAUCUUGUAGCUUAAUUUCUUACAGAGUACCACGUCUCUCCUUCCAGCCUGAGGGAGAUCUAUGCAUGUUCUUUACUCAGGUCCAGUAGCCUCCUCAGUUCCUUCCUCACAUCUAUUUCUCCUCUUCCUCCUCCUCUCUCUUCCUCUCUCUGUGCACUCUUGCACUCACACACAAAUAAGCAGUGAUGCCUUAUCUGCAGAUUAUUCACUUUUCAUUAAGAGAAACAAAAUAAGUUAUGAUAAAUUAUGGUAUAAUGUCAUUUGUUUUGCCAUUUUUUGUGAACCCACUGUAUAAAUGAACUUGGGUUUAGCACACAGUAACAGUUUAUAAAGGAUAACAAAGGUAUGCUCUUCUUUUAUCUGCUAUGCAUUACUUAAAGAAGAAAAGAAAAACCAGAAAAGAAGUGGCUGUAAAUAAAUCUAGCAUAUUGCCUUGUUUCUUUUGUUUGUAAAUGAACUUUUUGUAUGUCUUUCUUUUUUGUAUAAAACCUAGAGAAAACAUGUUUUAAAAAGUGGAAGAAAGUGAACGUGGUUAUCUUUGUAUUCUGGAUAUACCCUCGAGCCUUGGAACUUGUAACCUAAUGAUAAUACAUCACAUCUUUUCUACCAGUAUAUUCACACUAUGUUACGGUCACACUGAAAAAAGAAAACAAAAAAACGGUCUUUUCGUGGCUCUCUAAGGAUCAGGAAAGUGCUUGGGCUAAAAUACAUUUAAAACAUGUUUCUUUAAAAAAGGGUGUGCUCUCAAAGUGUCCCCCUCACUGAUUUGUGAUACUGGAUGCUGUAUCGUGUGCCCUUAAAUGUAUUUUUGUACUAAUAGACGAUAUAUGAUGUAUGGCACACCAGUACCAUUUUAUUUUUAGAUAUAACACGGCUUUAAUUGGAUAUUAGCUCUUCACGUGUGGCUGACUUUUUUUCUCCUCUGCAACACAAUUUUAAGUAUACCACUGUAUUAAUAAAUAAAAUCAUUUUUAAAGUAAA